AUGACGCAAAUGGCUCUGAUUGUUGGACUGUGUCUGCUCGCUUUGGCACAAUGCAGUCCGUACAUCGCCAACCAAGCAAGACCGCAAGUUCUUCAGUAUGAAAUGGAAACAGCUGAUAUGCCUAACUCUUACAAGUUUCAUUAUGACGCAAGCGAUGGGUCGUCCCGGACCGAACACGGCGCCAUCUUGAAUCCCGGAACGAAAGACUCGGCGCUCGACGUCGCAGGCGCAGUUAGAUGGUACGACGACAAAGGACACCUCUACCAAAUGACGUACAAAGCGGGGAAAAGAGGCUAUCGAACGAUAAUUAAGAAAUUAUCGUAG